UUUCAAAAUCAAAAAAAAAUAUUAAAUUAUAAAGUUUCAUCGCCCACUAGUGGAAAAUGUCUUCCUCCGAUAAUAAUAAUACAACAGAGCAAAAAUUUGAUUACUUUCUCGUGUUAGAUUUUGAAGCCUCUUGUGAUGAUAAGAUUAAAAACUUUAGGAAUGAAAUUAUUGAAUUUCCAACUGUGGCCAUCAAUGCUAAAACUGUAAAAAUUGAUCAUGAAUUUCAUUAUUAUGUUAAACCAAAGGCUAAUCCAAUUUUGACUGAUUUUUGUAAAGAAUUGACUGGUAUUCAACAAGAUUGGAUUGAUAAUGGAGUUGAAUUUGAAGAUGUAUUGAAAUUUCACAAUCAAUGGAUGAUGGAUAAUUUCAUUUCUAAAAAUUUGACCUUUGCAUUUGUAACGUGUGGUGAUUGGGAUUUAAAAACCAUGAUCACUAAACAAUGUAGAAAGGAAAAUAUCAAGGUUCCUUCAUACUUUUCAAGUUGGGUCAAUAUUAAGAAAAAGUAUACUGAAAUUUAUUCGAAACAUGUCCAUGGAAUGACUGAUAUGCUAAACCAUAUGAAAUUGGAAUUAAUUGGCAAACAUCAUAGUGGUAUUGAUGAUUGUAAAAAUAUUGCUAGAAUUCUGUGUGAAAUGCUGAAACAGGGAAAGCAAAUUGACAUUACUGCACACAUUGAUGAUUUCAAAGAUAUGUAUGUCGAUAAGAAAAAGAAGAAAUAAAUAAAUAUUUGGAUUUCCAGUCCUCAAACAGGAACUGAAGAAAUUUCUAUCC